UGAUUGGCAACCCAGAAAGGUAACACAAAAAUUUAUAUGAUCUUCCAUUAGAUGUUCUUUGCUUCAAGCUUCCUAAAUAAUAGGCUUGGAGAUUGGGGUGAGAGAAGCUAGCUAUGGCAAUGGGAGAGGUGAAGGAGGUGAAGUUGUAUGGGUUUCUGCUCAGUGGCUACUGCACCAUGGUUCACCAUGCUCUUAAGCUCAAGGGCGUGGCCUACGAGUACGUGGAAGAGGACCUCCAGAACAAGAGCCAGGCACUUCUUGAGCUUAACCCUGUUUACAAGAAGGUGCCAGUCCUGGUGGUGGAUGGAAAGCCAGUAGCCGAGUCACUAGUCAUUCUGGAGUAUGUGAAUGACAUGUGGAAGGACCCUCCUUUGCUCCCGGAGGAUCCUCAUAAGAGAUCUAAAGUUCGUUUUUGGGCUGAUUUUGUCUACCAAAAGCUGGUGCCUGGCAUCUAUGCGAUUCAAAACACCAAAGGAGAGGAACAACAGAAGGCAAUCCAGGAGCUCAUUGACCACUUGAGCACAUUGGAGGAUGGAAUCCAGAAAGAUUUGUUUACUGGAGGCCCAUUUAUUAAUGGUGAGAGGCCUGGCCUUCUCGAUGUGAUCAUGGGCUCAGCUUACGGUGGAUUCAAAUACAUGGAAGGUCUUACUAAUGCGAAAAUUAUAGAAAAGGAGAGGACACCACUCCUGUGCUCUUCCAUUGAUGCUUAUGUUGACCUUGAUGUGGUCAAAGAAACAGCAAUUCCUGAUGCCAUGUUGCAGGAGCUUAUUCGAGCUAUGAGAGAGAAGGCUUCAGCAUCAUCAGGAGCUUGAUGGUUCUCUCUGAAUUGUUUGUGGCCUUAAUGUACUUAUGUUUGAGCUUGUUUGGGAACAUUGUUUUGCUUUGGUGCUAGCUGAAUUGAUAUAUACAUAUUAUUGUUCUAAUGGCAAGAGGUCUAUUUUCUUA